AUGGAGAAUGUCCGAACAGCUCUCGCCUUGUGCUUCAUAGCCCAACGAAACUUGGUUUUACUGACGAAUAAUCGUAUUUCAUGUAUCAAUCAACUUAGGUCGCUACUUGAGGAUGAAUACGGCAUUGAUGAUAUCAUCGAAGUUGACCUUCUACAUAGUCAAGGGGACUUCUACAAGCAAGUUACAGACCAAAUGGUGAAACGUCUGCAAGGAAUGCAGCCUGUUCUCCAUCAGGUUAUCAUCUGGAAAAAUUUGGAGGCGGUAGAAAUGGAUUUCGACCGCAAGAAUAGCAUUAUUCGCAUCUUCAAUGAGUUGGAACAAUAUAAUACGCUUAGGACUCGAGACCGUUCCAGCGACGAGCCUUUCCAAUUUGGAAGCUACAUGGUUAACAAACCAGAAUUUUUUCUGGUGAUCCUGGUAAUGAAACAUGGAAGGAGCUUGCCCAAGAUCCACCCCCAAAUUAAAGAGCGAUUUUGGUUUUCGCAAUAUUGUCCCAUACAAGAUGGUCACCACCACUCACAUCACAACCAUUUGCAUCGUAAAGGAAAUCAUGGCGAACAUUCGCAUAGUAUGGACGAUGUGCUUGAUGGUCGGCAGAAAUUGACUUCUGUUUUCGCUAAUGCACAGAUCCAGGAAUAUGUGUGUUCACUCCUAGUGUUCACCAGGUCACACCGUCUCUGUUCACUAGCACCACUAAGCACGCGGCCCACGUUACGAGCACUUGAGGGUAUCAUGUUACUUGCCAAAGCAUUGGUGGUGCUCAGAUCAGCACCAGGAGAUGUUCUUUUCGUCACUCCGGAAUUCAUCAAGGUGGCAUUCCGCAAGAUAGGCUAUUGGCUUGUAGACUGGGAGACGAACACACUCUUUAACGAAACCUCCAUGGAGUACGACUACCGCAAGAAAUUGGAGCUUACCAUUUUGACAGGAGAUUGGUAUGGCAGUGAAUGGGAAACUGCCAAGGACUAUAUGGAAAAGUUUUCUUCAACAAAGGAUGAGAGCACCACAACUGGCUACACCAAUAUGGUAGUAGAGGAUGUACUACAGUCAGUGCGACCUCCAAUCUAG